GCAUUGGGUAUUAAAAUGGUAGCUUGAUGAGAAAAUAUUUUUGAAGAAUUAACAAGUCAUGUGAUUUAACAGCUAUGAGAGAUGGACUACUUCUUGUUACAACGAUAUUCUUACAAAAUGAACUAUUCUUCAAAUUUUCUCAAGCAUCAAAUUUACUAGAAAUAAGUCAUUCUGUAUGUUUGAAAUGGAUGAUCAAGGACGAACAAUUAUUUUUAAUUUGUAAAGUUUCACAUCCUUUCCUGCCUGUAGUAAUUUACAAAAACCAUAUUCAGCAAGCACGUUGUGUUAUAAUUCAUGAACCAGUCUGUACCAACUCUACAUCGUUUAUAAAAUCAACAAACGAAACAGUUUAUACGAUAACCAAAUUUGAUCCAGAAAUAGUUAAUGGUAAUUGGAGUUGCUCUCAUGGAUCUGGAGGAAAAAAUCCUAAAGACAGUGUUCAAGUCAAUAUUUUGUGUGACGACUUUUCGCAAGUCUAUGCUGAAGUCCUUGCUUCUCUGUUCGGUGCUAUUGUCAUAGCAAGCAUAACUAAGAAAUGUCUAAAGAUUAUAAAGAAACCUGAAGUUAAUGAAGGGACAACUAUGCGCCGUGACGAAGACGAAGAAGGAAUUCGGUUUUGUGCAACAAUUUGUAAAACUGAAUACAGUGCUAAACAGAUACUAGGUAUCAAGGUUACAAUAUGUGGACUGCUGCUAAUGGGGUUAUUUGCAAUGGUUAUAUUUUUUGCUGAACAACAGUGUUUUAUAGAAAACUUGAGCAUAAAACGUAGUGUGUGUAUUGGAAGUGGAUUGGUUGUUGGUUUUACAAUUUGUGUCAUUUGUAUGACUAUGCGUAAAGGUGACAGAAUCAAGACCUGCACUGAUACCACGAAUGGAGAAGGGGUCCCGCUCCAAAUGUUGAAGAAUAGACGGAAUUCAUUAUAGAAUAAUUGUUUGUGGAUGUGACACAUCUUCUGAUUAGCUGAACAUUUUUUUACUAUCAGCUCAUAGACAUACUUUAAUCAUGUGAUCAUGACAUCUUCAACGUUUUUGUCAUGAUGGACACCUUUAAAACGGAAAUUUGAUUCAAAUGAUAUGUUUUUUUUAUUUAAAACUCGCAUAAUCAUAA